AUGGCUGAAACUGAUACACCGGUCGUUGAAGUCUGGUACAAUGGGAUGUUCAUCAAGAAACCACUAAUCUAUUUUGAUCCAGAUAAAAAGGAGAUAAUGUACGCCGAUUUCAGGGAGAUGGGGUAUGCUGAAUUCAUUGCGCACCUCAACGUGAUUACUAGAAGAAUAUGCAAAGACGUAUACUAUUGUCCAGAUGGGCAAACAUUGUGUCAAGGAUUGGCCGCAUUGCAUAACGAAUGUGAUUACCACGAAUUUCAUGAGUGUCUCCAUGAGAAAAAGAAAGUAAAUCUGUAUGUGGACCAUAUGCAUGAACCCCUGUUCGACUGGAUUGAAAUGGAAGAGCCUGGAAUUGAAGAUGAUACCAACUCCAAAGCAGAUGAAGAUGUUGAUUCAAUGUUAAUAGAUAAAGACUGCUGGGAACACGAGGUGGAUGAUGAGGAUUUUUCAAUGAAAAGGGCAACAACAACUAUUCAGAAUAAAGACAGGUUUUUGAACAAACUUUGUCCAAAUGUUGAAGAGGAAGAAGAUUCUAAUGUUGAGCAACUACCACAUGUAUACCCUGUGCACAAUUCUGAGCAACAAUGGGAUGAAAUGGCUCCUGUGUUAGGUAUGAAAUUCACCAAUCCUACUGAACUUAAACAAUGUCUUACCAACUAUGAUGUUAAGCAUGGUUAUGAUUUGUGGUAUGAAAAGAAUGAUAAAAACAGACUUCUAGUGAAGUGUUGCAAAGACAAAGAACCUUCAUGUCCUUUUCGGUUGUGGGCUUCUUGGAUGCAAGAGGAAAGGACUUUUCAGAUUAAGUCACUUAAAUCAAGUCACAAUUGUGGUAGAGUUUUUAAAAUAGGCUUAGUGAAUUACAAGUGGAUAGGGAAACAAUAUUUCAAUGUACUUCUAGAAAACCCCAGGCUUAGUUUGAGGAAGAUGAAAGCUCAAAUCUCAAGCACAUACAACAUCAUAGUUAGCAUUGGACAAUGUAGAAAUCCAAAAAAGUUUGCAUUGUCUGAGAUAGAAGGCACUCUAAAAGAGCAUUAUAGUAGGUUGUGGGACUAUGGCAUAGAAAUCAAAAGAGCUAAUCCAGGAUCAACUGUGUAA